ACAUCUCUAAUAGAAGGGUGAAGCAUUACAAAACCAUGCACAAUUGCUAUAUGGUGGUAGAAAAUGCUUCUUUUUUUAGUGUGAACAUAUUGAAGCUGUUGCUAAUUAAAAAACUUUUUUUUUAUAAUAUAUAGGCAUCUCAAAAGGGUUUACUAGGGAUUACCUUAAACUCUGAUUGGUUUGUGCCUGUGUCUAAAGAGAAAGCAGAUCGUGAUGCGGCACAACGAGCCCUCGACUUCAUGUUUGGAUGAAAAAAUAUUGGAUAGAAGCAAUGGAGAUGUAGCUGUUGAUCAGUAUCAUCGUUAUAAGGAUGAUGUUGCAAUCAUGAAGUAUAUGAACACAGAUGCAUACAGAUUCUCCAUCUCAUGGCCAAGGAUAUUGCCAAAAGGAAAAGUAAGCGCAAGUAUCAACCAAGAAGGAAUCAAAUAUUACAACAACCUCAUCAAUGAGCUACUCGAUAAUGGUCUAGUACCAUUUGUAACCCUUUUCCAUUGGGAUCUUCCCCAAGCCUUACAAGACGAGUACGAAGGUUUCUUGAGCCCCAAUAUCAUAAAUGAUUUUCAGGACUAUGCAGAGCUAUGCUUCAAGGAAUUUGGAGACAGAGUGAACCAUUGGAUUACUCUUAAUGAGCCGCACUCUUACAGUAUGGGUACAGAGCCCUACAUGGCCUCACACAACCAACUCCUCGCUCAUGCAGCCGCUGUCAAAAUUUAUAGAACCAAUUAUCAGGCUUCUCAAAACGGUUCAAUAGGCAUCACCUUAAACUGUCACUGGUUUUUGCCUUUCUCAAAUGACACAUUAGAUCAUCAAGCUGCUCAACGCGCUCUUGAUUUCAUGUUUGGAUGGUUUAUGCAGCCAAUGACAACAGGAGAGUAUCCACUAAGCAUGGUGUCUUUUGUGGGAAAUCGGUUACCAAAGUUCACUCGAGAGCAAUCCAAGAUACUUACCGGCUCAUUUGAUUUUAUCGGAGUCAAUUACUACACCUCAAAUUAUGCGGCCAAUAUACCACAUUCAAAUAACGACACAAGCAAAUCUACCUAUUUCAAGGAUACUCAUGUCAACUUAACAACUGAGCGAAAUGGGAUACCAAUUGGACCACGGGCUGCUUCGCCUUGGCUAUUUGUUUAUCCAAGGGGGAUUCAGGAACUACUACUGUACACAAAGACAAAGUAUAACAAUCCUUUGAUAUACAUCACAGAAAAUGGUAUGGAUGAGUUGAACGAUCCAACAUUAUCACUUGAAGAGGCGCUUUCGGAUACUUAUAGAAUUGAUUACUUUUAUCGUCAUCUUUAUUAUAUUUCAUCUGCAAUCAAGCAUGGCGUGAAAGUACAAGGAUAUUUCGCAUGGUCACUUUUAGAUAACUUUGAAUGGAUUGCCGGAUACACCAUGCGUUUUGGAAUUAACUUUGUUGAUUACAAAGAUAAUCUUAAAAGACACCAUAAACUCUCUGCCCAUUGGUUUAGGAAUUUUCUUAAAAAACAUUAGAGUUACAGCUUAAUGUCUUGUUGAUCUCCAAUAGUAUGAUAUGAUCUUGAUCAUUAAUCGUAAUACAAAGUGAAAAUUGUAAUAUUGGAUUUGAAUAACAAUUGAGCUCUAGCUAGAA